AGUGAGAAGCUAUAAUCGAGUGAGAUGUUGUGCCUUUAGUUGUCAUGUGACAAACAGCCUUUUAGGAAGUCUGACAUACUAAACAUCCUUUUUAAAGCAGCUACUAUUAAUCCCUGUUGCUGUGAUACUUGCAUCCAUGCAUUUUUACGCAGGAGAUGCUUUUUCCUUUUCCAACGCGCAACAAUUGAAUGCAUCUCGGUGCGCUUAAUCAGACGGAGAAAAAUGUCUAAUAGGUCUGGAGAAUCAACAGUUUUUAAUUUUAUUAUUUUUAUUUAAAUGCGUUCUUUUUGUGCAGCGCUGAAGCUGAACUCCUCCAUCUCCUAUCAGGCAGCAGCCAAGGACAGGAGAGCAUCAGCAAGGAGAGAGAAAGGUGUUUCCUCUCCUCCUCUCUGCGCUGCGCUCCGCUCCUCGCCAUUGCGCUCAUUGUGUCGCUGCUGAAUCAGUGUCAGAGCGAUCGGAGGCUGCUGGAAGCGGACUAAAACACGGACAAACUAAAACACGGACAAACCUAUGCGUGGAUUUCGGCUUUUUUUCCCUUCGCCAAUGCAAAAGGAAAUAUGCAGCGAAGCUUCACCUUGCUCUACACCAGUUUACUGGGGAUAUGCUUGGGUUCGGGUUCAAGUUUCCCAAGUAACAUCAACAUAGGAGGAUUGUUCCCCAACGUCUCGCACGAAUAUGAGGUGUUCCGGUUCGCCCUCUCCCAUCACCAGGACAUCCCCAAACUGGUGCCGCAGGUGGAUAUGGUCCUGAUGGGAAACAGCUUCUCCAUGACAUAUGCCUGUAAGUAAUCAAUCAGCAGUAAC